AUGAGCCACCGCGGCCUCGGCCCAGAGCAGGAGAAGGAACGGGGGGCUUUUAGUCAGGGCAAGUUCGCGUCAGUCCGCAAGAUUCGCCAUUUAGUAUCUGGAGAAGAGUACGCGGCAAAAAUUAUUCGCAAGCGCAGACGCGCGGCAGACACGACGCGCGAGAUCCUGCACGAGGUGGCCGUGCUCGACCUCUGCGCGGAGUGCACGCGCGUCGUCAGUCUGCACGAGGUAUACGAAACCCGUUCGGAAGUGGCGAUUGUAUUAGAAUUAUGUGCUGGAGGGGAACUGCAGCGUCUUCUUGACGAAGAGGAUCGCCUGUCCGAGGGUGCGGCGCGAAGGGCCCUGCGCCACGUCCUAGAGGGGCUGGCACACCUACACGCGCGUCGGGUCGCUCACCUGGACCUCAAGCCACAGAAUUUAUUACUCACAGCCGGCGGAGAAGAACUUCUUAUAUGUGACUUCGGCAUCAGUCGCGCUAUACAGCCCGGAGCGCACGUCCGGGAGAUAUUAGGCACAAGGGACUAUGUUGCCCCAGAAAUCCUAUCGUACGAGCCCCUGUCGCUAGCCGCAGACAUCUGGUCAGUGGGCGUGCUGGCGUACGUCCUCCUCAGUGGGUACUCCCCGUUCGCGGGCGAGACCAAACAGGAGACCUACCUUAACAUAGCACAGUGCCAGCUCAGCUUCCCCAAGGACCUGUUCCGAGGAGUGUCACAGAGGGCCAUACAGUUCAUCAAGGAGACGCUAGUUGUUGAUCCUAAGGGUCGUCUUACAGUGGAAGAGUGCCUGGAGCACCCCUGGUUGAAAGACGAGGCGAACUUGCCGCGCGCGAUCGUGGGCGUCGGGUUUGACGCCGAGCUCGCCAGCGACCCCGACGCGGACGCGGACGACGACGACAACCACGACAACCUCAACGCCGUCAACGGAGUCAACGGCGUUAAUGGCGUUAACGGAGUUAACGGGUGUAACGGCGUUAACGGCGUGAACGGGGUCAAUGGUGUGAAUGGUCACAAUGGCGUCAACGGCUGUAAUGGGACCAACGGGUCACAUGAUGAUGAAAAAGAAUCAUCAGAGUCCCGGCCAUCCUCGGCCCAGGGCCGCGAGGAGUGCGAGGAGCGCGACAAGCCGCUGAAGCAUGCGCACGCGCGCGACGUGUCUCCCCCCUUCCCCGACGCCCCCUCCACGCCUAAGGUGUCGCGCAAGUCGGCCCCGCACGCCCCGUCGGUGCUGGCGCUGUGCAAGAAGUUCCAGCCUGACUACGAGAAGCCGGCCAAGCUGUCGCUGGCGGCGCACGACUGCGGCGCGGACUGCUCGUGCCGCGCCCUGCGGCCGCGCGCCGUGCUCUGCUAG